AUGUCUCCGUCUAUGAGGACAAAGCUAGAGCCCAUAGCUGACAAUAUCGACAAUAUCUGGGGUACAGUCUUUGACGAGACCAAUAAGUCAGCAGUUCAAGUAUGCCCGUUUCCCCGAGUCCCUGCCUCCGUAUCCUUCUUUGAUGCGAAGGAAGCUGCAAUUAUCCUUGCAUAUGGUGCUUUCCGGGAAUGGGCGCGUGAGCAGGACAUUCGCAGGUGCAUUUCGAAAACGGAUCAUCAAGUUGCACUCCUAUCUAUUGCUGGGAGAGCAGUUGUGGCUGUGAUGAAAUACAACAAGCCAGACACGAAGAUAGCCCAAGUCUUUAGAGCAAAAGAAAGCUCUACCGUGAAGAUAGUUUUCGCUACUGAUAGCGCUUCAACUCCGACUAUACGGUGCAGGGGUAUCUUAAUUCCCAAUGCGUUCAACCUCCCGAACAGCGACCCCGUCUAUCUCAUUCAAAACGAGUCCCUGAGCCAAAUCCGGCGCUUUGCUACCGUGCCUGGAAUGCUCCUCAACCUCUUACCUGCUUGUGUCUCGCUCGGAACCUCUAACGAAGGCAUGAGGAGACAAAUGGAUGCAAUAAACCUCAUCACUGGCGUGGAACCAGGCGCUCAAUAUGCUAAGCAUUGGCUUGAGGUGCUCUUGAACCACAAGCGAGGCCCUCGCACCAUGACUAACCCCAUCAGAGCUCUAUACCUUGACGAUACCAAGCUUCACGAAGCUGUUGACGCAGUCUUGAAGCAAAUCCACUUGAUGCCAGACCAAGAAGCAUACCUUCAGUCUUGUACUUCGUUCCCUGAGGCAGUCAAAAUUGUUCAAGGGUUUUCCGGCACCGGAAAGCCCUUCUUGCUUGCAGUCAUUGCUAUGGUCUUUCGCAAAGUCGGCUUCCAUGUUGUCUUCUCUGCUCCCGCAAGUCAUGUCUCUGAUAAGGACUGUGCGAAACUUGAAGAAGUGCAAGCCAUUCUAGGAACAAAGUAUAGGAUUCUUAGGAUGUACCGGCCUCUUGCGGAAGGCAAAGAGCAGAUCAGCGAAGACGAAGAGGAGGGAGAUUCGGACAUGGACGAAGACGAUAUGCUCAUGGGUGCACAGCUACUCAUUUGGCAGCUUGCGGCAGACGCUUUGAAGGCCAGUCAUGAUCGAACAUAUGGCCUGCCAAAAUCGGGACUCGAAGCUCAGGUUGUCGCGGAAGCUUUUCAAGCUGAAUAA